AUGAAGACUCUACUUGAUAUCUUUGUGAGCGACACUAAGAACGUUGGCAGACAUCAUGGGGAUUACGUUUACACCCAUAGUUUCCCCAAUUCCGACAAAGGUUCUGUCACUGGUCAGGCCAUUUGCGACUCCCGCUUAUGGAAAUGGGGUUGUGGGAAAUGUCUCGGCGACGCCAGCAAAUACAUCCACCGCAAUUGUGGCUCUACCCUCAAUGCUACCAUAAUACUCGUUGACUGUUCUAUCUCAGUCCACAAGAUAUGA